GGACAUUAAUCCUCAACUACCACAGUAUAUUUCUUCUGCUCCAUGGUAUUUUGGUGCAAAAACUGCAACUUUAAAACACCAAAGGCCCCAUCCUGAUCGACGGAAAGAUUUCAGUCAAAUUAGUGAUAAAUAUGUACGAGGAUUGAAGG